UGCUGUAGCAUAUGGGCAGUAGUGGUUCUGGGGAUGCUACUGCUAGUAAUACCUAUGUGUGAAGUUUGCUAGUAUGUCCAGUAAGAGCAGAGACGUCGCUAAUUCCUUUGUACGUUGUGGCGAAAGCCACAGGGUAAGCAAAUUGAGAGUUCUUGUUUCUGUGCUCACUUCCUUUUUCAUAGGUAUGACUGGGAUUAGAAUGACUCUUUUCUUCUUACCUCUGUUUCACCUAGUAACCAGGUAACACCACCCAGGAAUGCUUUUAGUGGCUUAAAAGAGGCUGGUUCCUCUUUCUAUACCUAGCAGCAUAGUUUGAACACUGAUGGACAAAUGUUCAGAAGAAUCCUCACUUACUAGUUAGCAUAAUCCUGCGGCAGGCUGUGGGGGGAAAAUGAACAGAACUUAUCCUCAGAAUUUUGAUGUAGCUUCACUUAAUUCAGCACAAUCUGUCUUCUCUGCUAGGAGAGGUAGUAUCCAUGGCCUACGAGAUUGCUGCAAGGAGUGUUCCCCUGAAUGUAUCCCUUGCACUCGACGAUGCAUCUGUGUGUCUGCCAUUGGUCUUGUUAUACUUGGUGUCAUUGUUGCUGUCAGUGCAUUGGUUGUCACAUUUGGCAUCCCUCCACGUACACCAGUUAAUCGUUUAUGUAUGACUACCAGUAAUCAGACAGGCUUCUUGUGUGAUGACAGAGAGAGCUGCAUUCCAGCCAGCCAGGUCUGUGACACAAGAAGGAAUUGUGCAAAUGGGGAAGAUGAGCAAGAGACACUAUGUAGUGAUUUGCCAAACAGCCUUCCAGAUUACUUGAUAUUUCAUUGCAGCAACCCUAAGAUUUGGAUCUACGCAGAUGAAAGAUGUAAUGGAUUCAAUAACUGUGGAGACUGCUCUGAUGAAAUAGGAGCCUGGGCCAGAUGCCCUCCUUGUGGUCCUCAGUGGUGGAGUUGCACCGUGGUAGUCUUCCAGAUGUAUUGUACCUGCAUUCCCAGACAACUUUGCCGAGAUGGAAUACAGCAUUGCUCUGACUGGUCUGAUGAAUAUAUCUGCACAAGAUGAGCAGCCAAGGACCUUAAACUUUUGGAAGAUAAUGGGAGUAAUGUGCUGCUGCUGUGGAAGCACCAUUUUACAGGGGCUU